UCCGGGAACUCCUGGACGCGCUACCUGGUGGAGGGGCGACGGGGGUGUGGCCACGGGCGGUGUAUGCGGCCGAAGACCUCAUCCACUUCGGAACGGAGAGCCAAGAAGGAAAUCUGAACGGGAGAGUCAUACUCAUCAAAAUCCACGCCGACGACAAACGAAGGAUUCCCGACGACGUCCCUGUGAUAUUACUCAUAAGAGAUCCCGCCGAAGCCAUCAUUUCCUUCUUCAGUUUCAUGAACGGGGAAGGAAAUACCAAGAAAUGGCUCAGGAAUGUAACCGAUGAUAUUUACUUUACAAAAGAGUUUGAUGACCUCUUCGACCUUAACCUCAGAGAGUGGACAAAGCUGGCCACAGACCGGCUCCUGUACUCCCAACGGCUGUUGGUGAUCCCUUACGAGGAGCUGAAGAAGGACCCGAUCGCGCAGGUGCGGAGGGCGCUGGCGUUCCUGGGCGUUCCGGCGGACGAAGGGCGCCUCGAGUGCCUCCGACGGUACUCAGAGGUGCCUGCGCUGGGGCUGCAGACACAGGUUGACCCAUACACACCCGAGCAGAAACUGGCGCUGGCAAAAGCUGCGGUUGAAGUUUCUGAACUACUUCGCGAAAGAAACUUCCCUCCGCUGCCUGUCUAUGAUUAG